CAGCAUCAGCAUCCUCCCCCUCCUCACACACACACCAUGGAUCCAACCCUCUCAUCUCACACUCUCUCCUCCUAACCAUCAGCCCCUGCAUUUAGUCGUGAUCCAACGACAGAAAAAAAAGAAAGAAAUCAAGAUUUCAGCGUUCCCCUCAGAAGCAGCAUCUCCUCCUCCAGCUGCGGGAUGAAGCUGCUGUUUUUCUCAGCGGCACUGCGGGGAGAAGCCAUGAAUCCCUGGCUGCUGCUCGCGCUGCUCGGUCUCUGUUCAGCCAUUGGGCCCAGUAAACAGGAGGACGAGGACUACGAGGAUGUCCCCAUUAAUAAAACCUGGGUCUUAUCCCCGAAGGUCUACGAGAGCGACGUGACUUUGAUCUUGAACAAACUGCUGCAGGGCUACGACAACAAACUGCGGCCUGACAUCGGAGUGCGGCCAACUGUGAUUGAAACAGCUGUUUACGUCAACAGCAUCGGACCAGUGGACCCUAUCAACAUGGAGUACACCAUCGACAUCUUCUUCGCCCAGACGUGGUACGACAGCCGCCUGAAGUUCAACAGCACCAUGAAGCUGCUCAUGCUCAACAGCAACAUGGUGGGAAAAAUCUGGAUUCCUGACACCUUCUUCAGGAAUUCUCGGAAAUCCGACGCCCACUGGAUCACGACUCCCAACCGGCUCCUGAGGCUGUGGAGCAAUGGAAGAGUCAUGUACACCCUGAGGUUGACUAUUAAUGCGGAGUGUUACCUUAAGCUGCAUAACUUUCCAAUGGAUGAGCACUCGUGUCCACUGGAGUUCUCAAGCUAUGGGUACCCRAGGAAUGAGAUCAUGUAUCGAUGGCAGAGACGGGCGGUGGAGGUGGCCGACCAGCGCUACUGGAGACUCUACCAGUUUGCUUUUGUGGGAAUGAGGAACACGUCUGACGUGGCGCACACUCAGUCUGGGGAGUAUGUCAUCCUGACGAUAUUUUUYGACCUGAGUCGGAGGAUGGGCUACUUCACCAUCCAGACCUACAUCCCCUGCAGCAUGAUCGUAGUCCUGUCCUGGGUCUCCUUCUGGAUCAACAAGGAUGCCGUCCCAGCCCGAACAUCUCUAGGCAUCACGACGGUGCUGACCAUGACGACUCUGAGCACGAUCUCCAGGAAGUCCCUGCCGAAGGUUUCCUACAUAACCGCCAUGGAUCUGUUUGUCUCCGUCUGCUUCAUCUUCACCUUCGCUGCUCUCAUGGAGUACGGCACUCUGCACUACUUCACCAGCAACCGACAAACCAAGAAGGCCAAAGGCAGCAACAACACACAGGUACCCAGCGUUCUCGUUGUCGUUUCCUCUCCCCAGCUGAGCGUCACAUCUGGAAUAAUCCYGCUGUCUUUGCAGCAGAGGGUCCCCAGCAUGGUGAAUCUCCGACCCGGGGCGUCCCUGUUGCAGAUGAACAACAUUGUGCCCUAUCACGUGGAGGACGACUACGCGUACGAUUGUUUGGACGGGAAAGACUGCGCCAGCUUCUUCUGCUGCUUCGACGACUGCCGGUCAGGCGCCUGGAGGGAAAACAGGAUGCACGUGCGAGUUUCUAAGAUCGACUCUUACUCUAGAAUAUUCUUUCCCACUGCUUUUGGCCUUUUCAAUCUAGUUUACUGGAUAGGUUAUCUGUAUUUAUAAAAACAAAACCCUAACAGUUCAGCAGGGAUGCUGGAGUUUGACAUCUGCAAACAUUUCAUCUGCUUUUAGAUUAGUUACAGAACAACUUUGCAAACUCUAAAUCUACCAUCAGCCUGCCUGCAGUGAGGCGUGGCACCUUCGUCCUCUGCUCAWUCCUGAYAUAAAGCUAAAUGUUCRGCUGACUUUUUGUGAAACUAGCUGWGGAUAAAAAGUGUUUGCACACRUCAAACUCCAGCCUGCAUAAAGGAUAUAUCGCCAUCAAAUUUUAACCCAACUUUUUGUUUACUCUUUGCUGCUAUGCUUGAUAUAWAUUGUUCAAACGCAGAAAAGAGGAAGUGCUCUGAACUGUGGAUUCAAGGGAAAACCGUCCCUCUUUUAAAACUUGGAUUUUUGUUUUGAAAGGUUAUUUGAGUGAAGAAAAGCCAGUUCAUYUGUGGAAACCGAUGUAGAGAUUAUGGUUGUUUUUAUGGCAGCCAGGUUUUAUACUCUGUAUCAUACUGUGUGUUACAAAUCAAGUUGAUGUGGUGUUCAGACUAAAAAAAAACAGCUGUUCAAUUUAAUAUAUCCAGCUGUAAAUUGUUUCUUUACUGAACACGUUUGCAAAAAACUCAGCUCUCCAUGUCGCAGUAUCAAUGCAMCAAAAAUUAAAAUUAAACAGGUUUUCUUUUUUAAAAAUGGAAAACUGGAAAAAACUUUUGCUAAAAAUGAAAUUAAUUUAUGAAAUGACACCCCCACCCCCAUAAAAAAUCAAACAUCCAGCAUGUUUUAGACACUGUUCCCACCCAUAACCUCAUAAAAACUGAGGACAAAGAAUAUUUUCCGUACCUCCCCUCUUUAAAAGACUUCCACCUCUCAGCAGACAGAGCGGAAGCAGCGAAGAAGUCAGAGUUUUGAAGCGUUAGCCGCUAGCUUAGCACCUUCCUCUGGGACCUUUUUGGCAGCUGCUACGCAUUAAGCAGCUCGUUAGUCAGAUUAGUUCAGUGACCCACAGUGGGAAACUCUGAGCACAGACAGUUUUGACCACUACUAAAAGUGUAAAUUGAUGGCGGCUGGCUUUGCUCGCUGCUGAUUGGCCGAGGGCUCAGUUUUACUGUCGAUAACUCUCAACAUCGCUCUCAUGCUUUUUAAUGUCCUUUUUCUACACAGUAACUAUAAUUAUGAAGAUGAUGGAGRCCUUCAUCGUCUUGCCUGAUUGGUGAGAUUGGCAGGAAGAAAGGAGAAAACUACUCAAGUCAUAAARCUGUUCACAAAAAUUGGGAAAGUAGAGGUAAAAGUAAAAGUAC